ACAUGCACUGAAGUAUUUUUUUCACUUUGUUUUCCUUUUGACUGAAUCUAUCAAAUCAUUACACGGUUUAGGUGUUUUAUAGGACACUUAGGCAUUCCUCUUGCUAAGCGAAGCAGAGCUAAGUUUAAAAAAAAAACAGCUUUGGAAGAGGCUUUAUUUAUUUGAUACACUUUCACCACCAACCACCGAUGUGCCUUAUUUUUGGUUGAAAUAGGCGGAACAACUUCUCAAAGCUGCAGGUAAACUUUUCUGCGUGCCUCGGGUUGGACAGAGUAGCAUCCACGACUGAAAGCUGCUGCUGCUGACGUGUGGACUAGCAGUAGCAUAUAUUAUGCAUGAAGAUGAGCUGUUGAACCGCACGAUAGUUGUACUUCCAGCACUUUAGAUCUGGCACUGUUUUACUCCAUUUCACACAGGACCAGUGUGCACUUUGACCCAGAGGAUAUCCUGUGCAUUCUCAGCAGUUGGAGCGAGAGCACACUGAAGCCAGCACAAGACAAAAGAUCUUUACAACUUAAUGCACUUUUAUCCAGAUAUACGGAGAAUCAAGCAUUCUAAAAACAGAUACAACAGACUGGAAUAACAAACUUACAAGCUGGAAAAUGAUGGAAGAAGUGAAAGAAGUGACAUCUACUCUUAGUGUCGACAUUCAAAGCAUCAAGGUAACAGAGGUGGUGAAAGACGGGGACACACUUACCUUCCUCAUUGAAUCUGAAAAGCUGUCUGGGACCGGGGUGUACCAUGUGGACCGGACCUACGAUGAUUUUGAAUGGCUGCAGCAGCACCUUUUCUCUCAGGAGGAAGUGUCCGGGAUACAGGGAGUCAUAUUCCCUCCUCUUCCAGUUAAGGCUCAAGUGAAUGCAUCUGCCAAGGUUAUAAAACAGCUUGGUAUCCUUGGUUUAGGAGAGUGGCAGGCGUACUGUAAAGCCAUGGAGACUUUUGUCCGGCAGAUUGCCGCACACAGCAUACUCGGCAAAAAUAACGCUGUGGAGAUCUUCCUGACCAGCUCAGAUCCGCCAGGCAGACAGAGAGUAAGGAAAAACAUUUUCAACCGCCUGAGUCAAGCCAUGGAAGGGAUGAGGAAAGAAGGCUAUAAGGAUGUGGACGAGUUCUUUCAAACUGAACGUGAUCAUAACCUUGUUUUUACGGGCUGUGCCAAGACUGCAGCCGAGAGAUUUUUGGAUGUGGUGCAAACUGAGCAAAAAAUAGCAGUUGCAUGUGGGCACUUCUCAACUGCUCUGCGUCUCUGUGUGGAACAGGGAGAGGAUCCUGACAAACUGGAUUUCUCUAAGGUUUGUGUGAAGCUGUCAGAAGUCUUUGAUUCUAUACAGAAAAAUGUGACAAGUGUCGCUGAGAACAACGUGAGUACUCUUGGGCUGGGCCUGGACCUGGAGUCACGCUACCAGGAGGCAGAAAAGGAGAUGCUCUACAGGAGGACUUGCAAACUAGUGGAGUUAGAGACCACCAGAAGGAACGCAGAGAAGGCCAAACCUGUAAAGAAGGCUGCUAUGGAGGAGGUGAAGAAAGCAGCAGAGACGGAGUUUGAUCACAUAUCAGGAGUGGCUAAAGAGGAGAUUGCACGGCUCCAGGCUGCGCGUGUGAAGAUGUUGCAGCAGGCUCUGGUUCAGUGGUGUGAAAAGCAGCUUCUUACCGCCAAAGAAAGUGCUGACCAGUUCAACCAGCACCUGCAGGCCUUUAGAGGGAUGGCCUAGUGACCCCACUCAUAAUGAAGCAUCCUCAGUGUGUCUAAACAUAGCAUCAGACACCCAUAACAUGUCCUUCACCCUAUUGUGCUGUAGUCUAAUGCCUGAUCAGAUUCAAUUACAUCCAGUGUAAAGAAAGAAAUGUAAGUAAAAGAGACAGGGAACGCUUCCUGAUAACAGCAUCCUUAUAAUAUGUACACACUCACCUUAGUUCUGAUUCUCUUCAAUCACACUCAUAACAAUAAAGCCCCAGUGCAAAUAAUAGUUUUGAUUUCCUUGCGGUGGACUCGUUGUCUGAUGAGGCUAUUGCGUGUGUAUUUGUACCAUACUAUAGUUAUACGUUUGUGCUGAGAUUGUAUUCUGCUGCUCUCCAGCCACCACAUAGGCCAGGGUCACACCAAAUAAAGUGUGAUGAAUUGAUUCCCAAAGUA